AUGGAUAGGAAGCAAGCGAUCACGCUCACAUUACAUCAUGUCACGUACAUGUCGCCAGAAUCACAGAAAGAAAUUAUUCAGUUACUAGCAAAAGAUGUCCGACGUCAAGUAGUGAAGGAGAUAAAGGAUGCGAAGAUUGUUUGGUGUUUAUUCAGAUACUACUCCUGAUCUGUCUAGAAAAGAUCAAUUGGCGGUGGUGUGUAGAUAUGUAAACGAAGACGAUGACUCAAAAGAACGACUUUUGUGCAUAAAGAGCACUACUUCCAAGAAGGGCGCCGGAACUGCUGAUGAAAUCAUCACAACAUUUGAACAGUCAUGCGUUGAACACAAACGAGCUUUGUUUCCAAUCAUAUGAUUUCACUGCCUCAAUGUCUGGUCAAUUCAAUGGCGCUCAACAAAAGCUUCACGAGAAAUUAAAUCAAAACAUUCCAUACGUUCCUUGUCAAGAUCACUGAACAAAUACAGUGGUGGAACACAGCUGCGAUGCAAGUGUUAUCGUGAAAGAUAUGUUCAAUGUCCUCGAAAGUUAAUACGUAUUUUUUUCGAGCACUACUAAACGGUAGGAUCGGUAACUAAUAAGUACUAAUUGAAAUAAUCCUUGUCAUUUUUAUUUCUGCAAUUUAUGUUUAGUUCUGUGAAUAAAAGUUAAUAAAAUGGCUCCUAUGUAAGUAAUUCUACUUUUCAUCUAUUAAUCCUUAUUUUAGGCAUGAAGAGUUGGAAGAGAACAUCAAGGUAGUGGAGAACGCCUUAAAGCUGAGAAAUCUGUCAAAGACAAGGUGGACAAAUGAAGCAGAAUCUAUAUGUGUAGUUCGGACAAGCUACGAGCUUAUAAUGAACGCUUUAUCUUCCAUUCUGAAUUCUGGCGACUUUAACAACAGCACCAAAGCGGCUGCGAAAGGUUUUUAUGAUAAAAUGAUGUCAAUAUGUUUCAUUCUGUCAAUCAUGUUUAUGAAGAACAUCAUGUCGAAAACAAAGCAGAUGACCGAGGCAUUACAAGAGGAAGAAUUAAACAUCCUUUGA